GCCUGUGUCAUCGGCUUCGUGCUCCGCUGUUUCCCCCUUCUCGGCCCCGACCCAUCGGCAUCGGCGCUCGACGGACUCGGCCCGAGAUCCUGCGAACUGUACCACAGCAACCCGCAGACAUCAUCCCAGUCUUACUCGACUGCUUAGCCUCCCCGCCAACUUUGUCCCACCCAUCCCAUCCUACCAAAGAGAGGCCCGAUGUCGUUCGAGUCCGACGGCAGCCAGUCGUCCCAGGCACAGACCAUCCCGCUGAGUGAGUUUCUCAGCUCUGAGGAUGACAAGAACUUUGUCUGGGACGACACCGAUCGGGAAACCUCAGCCGCUUGGCUUGUAGCCUUGAAGGGCAGCGGCCUCUCUUCGGACAAACACAAGAUCUUCCAUCACUGUUCCAAGGAGUACCUCAAGCCGCCGAGCCCAUUCGUACAACAGGGUCCGGAGCUGGGCGAGUCCGGAUCGACCGUUGUCUACAGAGUCACUGCUCCCGAGGGUUAUGCGUACCGUCGGCCUCUCGCACUGAAAGUGAUCGUCUGCAAGGAGGCCACACGACCUCCCGGGCCUGACAGCGAAGCGCGCAGCAAUGCCCUGAAGGAAGUCGGGACCCUGUCCAAGCUCCGGCACCCGCACAUCGUUGCCUACGUAGCGUCGUUCGAAGACUAUUGCAUCCAGACCCGCGAGAUCAAACGCCGGGCGAGGGGCAGAGCGCACGCAAUGUCCCAAAUCAACGAGAGGGUUAAGAAGCACAUCCUUGGCAUCGCCAUGUACCCCCCGGCUCAAUGCAACCUACGGGCCUUCAUGGAGGAAGUCUUUCAGAACCCCAAGGCGGCGGCGGACUGGAUCAUCCCGCAACUCCACACGUACUUCGGAUGCCUGGCACAAGCCGUGGCAUAUCUGCACCGUAAGGGCGUGCAGAUCCGCCACAAGGACAUCAAGCCGGAGAAUAUCGUCGUCGACGACUUCGGCCUGCCCGUGCUCACCGACUUUGGUCUGUCCAAGCAUUUCGAGACGGAUGAACUGUCGGAUGGCCCGACGCCAAAGACAUUAAAGUAUGCUGACCCGGAAGGUCUCAUGGAGCGCAGCCGGAACGCGAGCUCGGACAUUUUCUCGCUCGGCUGCGUCUUCCUCGAAAUCGCCACCGUCCUCCUCGGCAAGCCGCCCAGGUUCGCAGAGGACGAACUCGAUCGCGGUCGGCUCCGGCGCACCUCGUCGUCGUCGGCCUCCCCGGCCCCACACUACGGACUCCUAUCAAGCGACUACUUCACGUACGCCGAGUCGCUGCACAACCUGGACGCCUACCUCUCGACUCUCACCCUCCUCGGCCGCGACCUGGCAGCCUCGGACCGGUCGCGGGAGGGCUCGGUCGCGGCCGUGCUCGCCAUCCUGCCCCACAUCCGCCAGAUGAUGGACGAGGACAUGACCCGGCGGCCCAAGGCGGUCCAGCUGUAUCCCUGGUUCCGGCACCUGUACGACGUGUACGAGAGCCCGGGCCCGUGCCCGAACUGCGAGGAGGAGCGCCGGACCGGCAACGCGAUCCCCCCGCCCCGCAGCCGCAGCCGUAGCCCGACGCUGAACCGGAGCGGCACCGUCGGGACUCCGCAGGUCGUCCGCAGGAACACGUCGGCGUCGAUGGCCACCACCUUUGCCGCUUCGCAGGCUUCGCAGGCUUCGCAAGCGGAUGGCAACUCUGAGUCUGGGGACUCGGACUGAGCGGAAGUGGAUCAGUGAUGUGUCUUGACGGGUGGAUGGCAGAUUCAGCCGCUGGGCUUUUCUUUCUUUUGCCUUGUCUUGUCUUUUUCUCCCUUUUUGUUUCCGGCUGGUUGGGUCAUUUCCUCCUCUCUCCUCGCAUUUCAUCGC